UUUGUCACAAAAGCAAAACUUCAAUUGACAUCUCGGUGGUCGGACUCUUGCCAACGACACUACAGUCGUCUUUUGCUCGAUCGCAUGAUCGCUUCACUGUACUUCACAACUACAUUGGACACACAGAAUGAGGGAGGACACGUUCUCGGUGAAAAUAGUGCUCUAUAAGUGCCACGACCUAGUGGCAGCGACGAACGAGGUGGGCGGCAAGAGCAGCGCGUACGUGGUCUUCACACUGGGGGACACAACCAAGAAGAGCUCGUGCGUCGAGAGCAGCCUUGAUCCACACUGGACACCACCCGAGAAGUUUGAAUUUGAGGUGGAAGAGUGGGAGAACGAGUUCCUUGUCGCACAAGUGUUUGACCGCAGCCGUCCGGGCCACGACGAUCUUAUUGGAUCCGCGGUGAUCCCGUUGACGCUGUACGCUGGAAACAGAAACUGCGAGAUGUGCAGCUACCCGUUGGUACUGCCGGACGAAGUGGGCGGACUGGGGUCACCCAAGAGCGACAUGUUCCUGCAAAUUAGCCUAUUGGAUGCGGACGGCAGUCCAGUGGAGGAAUUCUACUGGUAG